GUUCUUGUAUGGAACUGUUUGGAUACAAGGAAAACCUUAAACCCGACAUGUUUCCAUUAAUUUCAGGUUUGAUUUUCAAUUAAACUCGUAUUCCCGCUCUCCCACACAGAAUUGUCUAUUUCGCCUCAUUUUGAAGGAAUAAAACUUUCUACUAUUUCUCACUGUAAUCAAAUCCAGACUAAGACCACCUUUCUCUUUCUCUCUUUCCUCGAUUCCUGACUCUCUCUGCUGAUGACAUCUCAAAACGUUUACUGAUUUUCUACUUUUAUCCAAAUCGAAACCCUAGCGAGCCAACUCCAUCACUAUGAAUCAUUUCCACAUCUACGAAGCCAUUGGCCGUGGCAAAUACUCGGCUGUGUAUAAAGGGAGGAAGAAGAAGACCAUUGAGUAUUUUGCAAUUAAGAGUGUUGACAAGUCGCAGAAGAGCAAGCUUCUACAAGAAGUUAGGAUUCUUCACUCCUUAGAUCAUCCAAAUGUUUUAAAAUUUUACUCCUGGUACGAAACUUCUGCCCACUUGUGGUUAGUUUUGGAAUAUUGUGUUGGUGGAGAUCUGAUGACUUUAUUACGACAGGACUGUCAGCUACCUGAAGACUCCAUUCAUGAUCUUGCCCGUGAUUUAGUUAGAGCUUUGCAGUAUUUACACUCAAAGGGAAUCAUUUACUGCGAUCUAAAACCUUCAAACAUUCUCUUAGAUGAGAAUGGACGUACAAAGCUAUGUGAUUUUGGAUUAGCAAGAAAAUUGAGUGAAAUAUCUAAAACUCCUUCAUCCAAGUUGCCCCAAGCAAAACGUGGAACACCCUGUUAUAUGGCUCCUGAACUAUUUGAGGAUGGAGGUGUCCACUCCUAUGCAUCUGACUUUUGGGCCUUAGGUUGUGUACUGUAUGAGUGCUAUACAGGGAGGCCCCCCUUUGUGGGUAGAGAGUUCACUCAGCUGGUGAAAUCUAUCCUCUCAGAUCCAACCCCAGCUCUUCCUGGCAAUCCAACCCGUCCUUUUGCCAACCUAGUAAACUCUCUCCUGGUAAAAGAUCCAGCUGAAAGAAUACAUUGGACUGAGCUAUGUGGACAUGCUUUCUGGAGAACUAAAUUUGCUCCAGUGUCCUUACCUCCUCAGCCUGCUUUUGAUAAUAUGAUAGAACUUUAUACUAAGCCAUGCCUCUCUGAACGUAAUGGAGAUAGAACUUUACAAAACAAAACCCCUCCUAAAUAUCGUGAAAAGGAUGCAAAAGGGACACCAAAACCUGAUGAGAAUUCAAUAUUAGGAUCAAGAGGUCAUGAGACCCCAGUAAAGAGCACAUUCAGUGGCAGAAAAAUUCAAACAAAGGCCUCUGGAAGAGUGGUUGAAGAGAAGCUGAGAGAUCCUUCUAUUGCUAAUAGGGGUGUUAAUCUCUUAAGGCUGUCAAGAAUAGCAAAAUCAAAUUUGCAGAGGGAGAAUGAAAAGGAAAACUACAGGAGACCCAUGCCUAAUAGCUCUGAAAAUGAUGCUGAGGUUAAAAUUGAGGACACUGAUAUGGAACUUGAUUUCAAUGAGAAUACAGAAGAUGAUACCCACGAAGAACCUGAUGGAACUGAACACCCUGGCAGUAUACCUGAAGAGGUGGAGAGUAACACACAUCAAUUGGAGACCUCACCUGUGGUUAACAUGCCUGCCUCUGAUGAAUCGAGCACAAAUGAUCAUGAAUCAUCUUCAGAGCAUGUUGACAUGGCUGCUUCCCCACUCAGUACCAGUCAUCAGGUCAAAACUCAGAGAACAAAGGAAGCUUUAGGAGCUGCUGAGUUUGAUUUUUCAAAAUCGUCCAAUAACCUUUCGGAGGUCCUUUGGCAUCCAUCUGAUCUUUCAGUCAGACCUGUGAUGCCCAGCAGAAAAACCGAUAAAGUUUCAGAGGGGACUCCUUCUCUUCCAUUUGAAGCACUGCAACCAUCUGAUUUUGUGAAGAUGUCUAAGGAACAACUAGAUGCAUUCAACAAUAGAAUUAUAUCCAUUUUUAGUGGGAACACUAGCAUUGGGGAGAAGCAGAAUUUGAUUAGAUACCUUGAGAUAUUGAGCAGUAAUGUUGAUGCAGCCAAUAUCCUAACAAAUGGUCCAAUAAUGCUCAUGGUCGCUAAAAUGCUCCGACUUGCCAAAGCUUCAACUUUGCGUGUUCAACUUGCUUCACUUAUUGGCUUGUUGAUUCGUCAUUCUACUUUUAUUGAAGAUGAUUUGGCCAAUUCUGGAAUUUUAGGGUCGCUUACUGAUGGCCUUAGGGACAGGCAGGAGAAAGUAAGGAGAUUUUCCAUGGCUGCUUUAGGUGAGUUGCUGUUUUAUAUAUCCACCCAGACUGAGCAGAGCAGAGAUAACAAUACACCUGAAUCUCCAUCAAAGGACAAUCGUUCAACAUGUGGAUGGCAGGUUCCAAAUUCAUUGAUUUCACUGGUAUCAUCUGUCCUACGGAAAGGAGAAGAUGAUAUAACUCAACUUUAUGCAUUGAGGACGAUUGAAAACAUUUGCAGUCAAGGAGGACACUGGGCAGCUCGUUUCACCAGUUCAGAUGUGAUCAGCAACCUGUGUUAUAUAUAUAAAGCAACAGGGAAACAGGAGAGCAUGAGGCUUACUGCAGGAUCGUGUUUGGUUCGUUUGGCUAGAUUCAAUCCUCCUACCAUCCAGUCAGUUCUAGAUAAACUUUCUUUCAAAGACACAGCUGCUGCCCUUGUCAAGGGCAGUCCACGUGAGCAGCAAAUAUGUUUGAAUCUCUUAAGCAUGGCCAUGCUAGGAAGCCAUUUGUUCACAAAUAUUGGGCGGCACAUUUUAUCCUUGGCAGAGGAUAAAAAUCUGGUUCCCUCUCUUUUAUCUCUCACUGAGCAGGGUAGCGAAAUUUUGAGGGGAAAAACACUUCUUUUCAUGGCUCUUCUUUGCAAGAAUGGUAGGAGAUGGCUACCACAAUUUUUUUGCAAUCCAAGACUACUUUCUGCAGUUGACAGGCUGGCAAAAGAGAAGGACAGCUAUUUGCAGCAAUGUUUAGAUGCAUUUGUGCGCAUUGUGGCAUCUACUGUCCCAAGCUUACUGGAUGUUGUAACUGCAGAUAUUCAGCAGAUGAUGGGAGGAAGGCGCCAUGGGCAGAUCUCUGCCAUGAGCAGCCGUGUUGCUCCAAAGACCAAUAUUCAUUUAUUCUCUGUUCUUCAUCUUCUUGGGAGCUCAUCUUUUAAGCGCAGGGUGGUGAAUAAUCAAAUUCUGCAGCAAUUAGCAAAUUUGGUGAAGGUUUUGGAGACACCAUUCCAGGGGAGGGACGACUUCCAGAUAACUCUUCUUCGAGUUCUGGAGUCUGUUGCAGAGGAGUCUCCUUUAAUUCUUGAAAGCUCUGAUGUAUUCAUUGGUGAAAUUCUCCCAAGUCUUGCCAUCCUGUAUAAGGGAAAUAAGGAUGGUGAUGCCAGAUUCUUAUGCCUGAAAAUCCUGUUUGAUGUCAUGGUCAUCUUUUUAAAUGAACCUUUUGAUGACGAGCAAAGAUCACAGGCUUUGAAGGCAAUAUCCAAUAUUCAUUUCCUGCCUCUCUACCCGACAUUGAUUGAAGAUGAAGAUCCCAUUCCCGUGUAUGCACAGAAGCUUCUUGUGAUGCUCAUUGAAUUUGAUUACAUAAAAAUCUCAGACAUUUUACAUCUGAAGACAGUCUCACAGUGCUUUGAAUUUUUACUUGGUGAUUUAUCGAGUGCAAAUGUGAAUAAUGUUCAGCUAUGUCUUGCUUUGGCAUCAGCUCCUGAAAUGGAUUCCAAGUUACUUUCACAGUUAAAAGUCGUUAGAAAAGUUGGAAAUCUUUUGGAGUUUGUGUAUGCAAAAGACAUGGAAGAUUUUCUUGAGCCAACUCUUGGCUUAUGUAGGGCUUUCCUUCUAUGCUCAGUAGGUCGAAAAAGAGGAUUAGCCUACAGAGAAGAACCAGCACUCCUAAAUGACGUUUCUUGUGAGGCAGGUGGUCUGGUUGAUCAGCAGCAAUGUAUAAGAGAUAUAACGGAAUUUGGUGGCAAUUUAAGCAUCUUGCUUGAAUUGAGUGGAUCCUCUGCAGCAACUGUGGCAGACAUAGCUUCUGAAUGUGUGGUGUUGCUGCUCAAAGCAGCUCCAAGGGAAGCUACAACUGGAUUUCUAACUAACCUUCCAAAGGUUAGUGCAAUCCUCGAGUCUCGGCGGAAGGGUGUUCCACACUUACUUUUGCGGCGGAUGCUGUAUGCUCUUGGUUAUUCUUGUAGGCAGUAUUUGUUACAUGCAAUGAUAUUAUCCAUAUCUAUACCUGAAGUGUCAAGGAUUGAAGCCAUUGUUUCGGAACUGAAAGGUUCAAGCAUAGCUGACUUAUCCAAUGCCGCUUUGUUCGUGGCCUCGGAGUUGCAACGGAUGCCACGUUGCAUUUGAAACCCUGGAGGUUGGUCUAUGUAUUAUCACUCUUAUUUUGUUUCAUAAAAUCUAUAAUUUUUUUUUUUGAAUAAUUGUUUGCUUAUGUAUUUUCAGAUGGUACGUUCAAUGCUCCCAUGUAUCAAAGGUCAAUUCAAUUUUUAAUUCAGAAUAUAGUAUAGUCAUUUUUGUGUAAUCUUUGUAUGUUUGUAUCAUCAUAAAAACUCAAUUAAUUGGUUAUUUUGCUUGAAA